UAAUGUAUGGUAAAAGGGUUUAAUUUUUAAUAGACGAGAAUGGGGUAGAGCUGCUACACACUACAGUAGAUUGCUGCAGUGGUCUUUUUAGCAACAAAUAGUGUGUGCCUAGAUGAACCGAUGAAGCCCAUUCUGUGGAGCAGAGAAGACAAUGAUGCUAAAUAUUACGAGAUUAAAGAUAAUAACUUGGAAGAAAACCAGAGGAGUCUCAAUUUUGAAGAAAGGAAAGACUGGAGAUCAAAAAAUAUCAUUAAAAUGAACCCUCCUACAGUAAACCAGAUGCCAAAUUCAGUUGCUAAUUUACCUCUUAGGUUUGGAAGAAAUUAUCCAGAAGAAAGAAGCAUUAAACCAAUUGCUAAUUUGCCUCUGAGAUUUGGGAGAGCUUUUGGAGACAACAUUCUUACAAGUGCAUCAGAAGUAUCACACAGGCUUGGGAGAUCUACACACACUAAAAGUUCUAGUCAAUCAUUUCUAAACUUGCCACAGAGAUUUGGGAAGUCACUGUCCAUCAAUCUGUCUCAAAACGUCCAGGAAUCUGAAUCAGGGAUAUGAAUUCUAACAGUUACGUUAAUACCAGAAUGAAAUCAUGAAGACAGAAUCUGAAAAGCUGCAAUGUGUUUGCAAAACUAGAAGUCAUGAAAAGGAAACAUGAAAACUGAAGCACAAACCUGUCUUUAUGCUAUGAAUAACGUAUUAAUUCAUUAAUGAAUAAUGUAUUAAUUAAUGCAUAACGCAAUGAUAAUUGUAGUGACUGUUGUAGUAGUUCAUUUCAGUAGUUGUGUAGUAUAAAUUCUAUUUAAUUCUGUGUGAC